AGUUGCAACGCGCUCGCGAUUACGUGCAACUGUUUCAGAUCGGUUGCACUAUUGUUUUCGGUUUAUCUUUAUUUUCUGUGGAUUUUCUCCUUCGCGGAGCAAUACAAAAUCAUAUAAUGCUCGAUUAAGGAUUUCGGGUUUUCGUAGCUAGUUUUCCCCUUAUUGUGUUGUCCUAGUUUAGAACAUUCAAAUCGGAAAACUUUUGAAAAUUUACGUAAAUUAUCCAACUUAACCUACAAAAUUCUUUGGUGUUGUGUGUGCGUCGGUGUUCAAAAGCAAAUCAGGCAGAAAAAAUUAAGAAAUAUCGUGUCAUCAAAAUCCUAACAUAAACAUCAACAAGAAAAUGGAUCGCUUUCGGUUUGCAUCUAGAACGUAUAAAAAUAUGCACGACUGACAGGCGCAAGUGGCAACAAAAGGCGGCUAGGAAGCCAGGGAAUAGGCCAUAAAUUAUUUGGUUCAAGUGCAGUCACCAUGAAUCUGUACACUCUAUACGAUUGGAUCACAUCAUUGCUUCGGCCGCACAGCGCCAGUGUCAGCUACAAGGCGAUCGAAGCGUCGGCAAUCGAAGAACUGCCGGCAACAUCGUCAGCAGCAGCAGCAACAUCUCCAGCAGCAGCAGCAACAUCUCCGGCAGCAGCAGCAACAUCUCCGGCAGCAGCAACAUCUUGCGGCACUGGAGCAACAGCAACAGCAACAGCAACUUGUGUGGAAGUUGAAUUCAUACCCACGCUAAAUUUCAUAUUCGAGAAGCCGACUUUAUCAAGUGAGCAACGAUCUCCCGCGAGUUUAGAACAUGUGGAGAGUGGCGUUUCCGAUAAGGAGGAACCUGCGGAUGAUUGCGACUCCGACAAUGAUUCCACGCGCACUUACAUAAUCUCCAAGAGCAGUUGGACGGAAGUCGAAUCGAGUAGCACUCCGUAUGCGGUUACUUCCACGGAUACCUCUGAACUACUGAGGCGACAGAAUAAUCUCAGCCUAACGGAGGAGGAUCAAACGGUGUCGUCGUUUAGCAUUGAACCGCCCACCAGUUCCAUGACCAUCGACAUGGCUGAGCAGCAGACAACAAAGACUACAACGACGAGCAGUGCCAAUGUUGUGGCAACAACUGCAACAACAACAACAACAACAACAACCACAACAAGCAGCAGCAUUGAGGAGGAGAUCGAAGAGGCCAUCGAGAUCAGCGAGGUGGAGGAGCAGUUAAACUCUCCACUGGAAUCUCUAUCGGAGGCAGCUGCCUUUGCCCGGCCAAAGGAACCACAAUCAAGUGCCAAAAGUUUGAGCAGCAAUCCGGAUGAAGAUGAAGAUGCGAUUGAGUUUCGCAUUGAUGAUGCCCAACUAUCUGGUGGUCAGUUGGCUCAGCACUUUCUCGUCGACGAUGAGGACGAAAGCGAGGAAGGUUCUCAUCUGCCAGUUGGCUCCAAAGUGGGAGUUAGUCUCUCCUCAAACGAUGACGACGACUUCGACAUUAGUUUGCCUUUGGAGCAGAGAAAACCUGUGCAUUCUCGGCACGAAGAUGAUGAGUCUGUGGAUCAGAGUUUGAGCAACCAAAGCACAACGGAUGAUGUUUCCGAGUUGGUCGAGGAACCACUUCAGGAACGGGAAGAUAAAACGGAGGACAGUGAGGCAAUUAGUGCCAGUGCUCCGCAGGAAACUCAGGUGGAGGAAACGGAGGGAAGUGAAGCUCCACAGGAAACUCAGGUGGAUGAAAGCCAAGUAACCGAAGAGCAGGAUCAUUCGAUGGAAGAGAUUGUGGCCACCAAUGAAUCAAUCGAAGUGACCUACGAAGCUGAGGAAACAGUCCAUACUUCACAGAACAAAGAACUAAUUACGGAUCUAGAUGAAGAUCAGGAGGAUCAGGAGAAUCAGAAGGAUCAUGAUCAAGAGGUUAUCAGACCCACUUCGACAGUGGAGACCCUGAAACUGCCUCCUCUUCAAGAACCCAAGAUCAUUGAAAGAAAAGCAGCCAGAGCCUUGACCACUUUACAAUUGCAGCCAGAGGCAAUGGAACCCUUGGAUCUAACCAUUCUGGAAAUGGAUGAAGAUGAGGAUGACGACGAUGAUGAUGAGGAGAGUUCCUUGCAAUUGAUGAAACUAAGGUUAAUGGUCAUGAAUCAGCAGAGUAUUGAUAAUGCACCCAAACUCUCGCCCACGGAAGCGGAACAAUCACAAGUUUCGAGCAGCACAAACAACAUGGAGCUCAAACAAAUGGAACGAGUGCCACUCACAGAAUUCUCAAAGGAUGUUUUAGAGGACAUCACCGAAGAGAGCGAGAGAAUGCUUUCGAUGAGCACCACAAUUGAAGAGGAGCAGGAUCCGCCUUCUUUGUCCCUGGAUGAAUCAAAAACUUUGCUUCAUGCCGGGGAAAGUAAAGCUGUGGGCAGCAGUUCUAGUUUGGUUAGCUUAAAUAUGCUGAAGCAACUGGAGGCCAAAGUGCAGGAGCUGCACACCCAACUAGAGACGAAGGACAACUGCCUGGCAUCCUUGAAUCUGCAACUUGAGGCGGCAAGAAGGGAAUCCAGUGCGGGUCCAGCUUCGGCCAGGGAUUCCAGCUCCUUGAUGACCAACUCAACGGAGUACAGGACUCUUCAGGAUGAACUGGGUGGUCCAACUCUAGACAUUUAUAUGGAGUUAUCGCGAAGGGAUGAAAAGAUUGUCCAACUCACUGAAUCACUGCAACAAUCUCUGAAUGUGCGUGAAAAACUUCAGACGGAUUCGGAGCGACUUGGAGGCGAAGUGCAAACUUUGCGACGGCAACUUCAGGAAGCCAUCGACACGGUGAAACGUUCGAGUUCCGUGUGGCAGGAUCAGGAAUCCAAUCCCGGCCAGCGCAUCUCGGAAAUCUCCAUGGAUUUGAUCAGCGAAAGCGACGAUGAUUUGGACCGCCAUUUUCUCACGGACAACGAAGAGCGUGGAUCGCGCAGCUCCAAGGAAAGGCAAUUGCCUCAGUUUCAAACUAAUGAAGAUCUGGGUCUGCAGACCACGAAUCCCGAAUGGACACCGGCAUUUAGCAAACAGAUCGAACAGUUCCACACUUACCUGCUGCCAAACGAACAGAGGAUCUUCAUGAUGGUCCAACGCAAGUUCGACGACUAUUUGAAUCAACAAUUGACCUUGUGUAGGGAACUGAGUGCCCAGGAACUGAAGAUAGCCCGCGAUCAAUGGGAGAGUGAGAAGCAAAAUAGCGAACAAAAUCAGCAGGCAGCUCAUGAAAAGGAAAUGGAGGUUGUGCGGAAGUACUUCGAGCACAAGUUUGCCGAUCUGGAGAAGCAGUUCUCGGAUGACGUAUUCUCGCACAAAUCGCAACACCUGGCUGGGGACAGCUCUUCUGAAUGCUCCGAGGUGGAUCAGCUGCCCGAGGAAUCGGCAGUGGCUGCCUCCUCCAAGGAACCUUCUCCCCGCAAACGAAAGAGAGCUGAACUGCUACUCAGUCCCAGUCACAGGCAGAUGACUCCUUGUGGCGUGGACUCCCUGGGAGAUCCCGUUGGACAAGCAGCAAAAGAUAACUCACUGGAUGCAACCGACCUAAAGAUCUUCUACCAAACUCACAUCAAGGAGCUUAGACGUGCUCACGAGGAUCAGGUGCGCAAGCUGAGUGAUCGCAUCAAGUUCUACGAGCGCCGCCAGGGUGACGAUGACUACAAGCCUGAAACCGAAUCUCCUGCUCGUACCUGCCCGGAAAAGGGUUCCGGAGAUGGACCCGCCAAUACCUCCCUGAUCAUCAUCGAUGAGGAUGAGCUGAAUUUUAACAACGAAUCGCAAGUGAUCCAGCGGAUCAUCGAGGAGUAUGAGAAGAGGCUGCAGGAGCAAUUGGCUUUGGCUCGGCAGGACAUCGCAACCGAGUUGGAGCAGCAGAUUCAGAAUUUGUUGUCGGAAAACACCGUGGACGAUCAGCAUUGGCCCAAGGAGCUGAUUUUACUACGCGAGAAGUUUACGGCCAAGAGUCAACUGGAGAUCACUCAGCUGAAUAUUAAACAUGCCGACGAGAUGUCGCGCAUAAAACUGGAAUACGAGAAGCAGCUGAACCGGAAGAACAAGCGCCACCUGACCUUCGAUGCUGCCCGGGAUCUGGAGCAGGUGAUCACCGAACGAGAUGGUCUGCGGGAGCUGUCCAAGAGUUUCCGCAGCGUGCUGUGCCGCCUGGCCAAGUGUGUGGCCAACUGCGAGGAGGAUCUGAAUGCCACGCUCUCCGAGGAGGUGCAACGCCUUCUAAUCCACAGUCGCAGUCAAGAUGCGGGCGAUGACCUGGAGGUUACUCUGAGUAGCUCUCUAAAUAACACCAAGCAAAUGCUCCGAGUGCCGGAUGUGCACAGUCUGCUGGAAGUGGUCGAGGAUCCCAGUUUGGUGCAGUUCAUCGACAGCAAGAGCAACGAGGAGCCCAGUGAGGAUUUCGAUUUGAACGAUUGCCUGGAGCGCUUGAAGUCGGAGGCUUCCUACCUUUUGCAUUUGUCGGAGGAUUUGCAAAAGCAGCGACCACACGAUGAUUCCACGGAGCAUUUGGACGAGCAGGAGAAACAGGAGCACGAACUCUGCUGCGAGGCGGAGGAUGGUCUCAAAACCACAGCUGCUGCCCAGCAAGUCCUGUCGAAAUUCCUGCGCACAAACUCCCUGAAUGAUCAGCAAAUGGGCGUGGCUAAUCAGAGGAAGAACAGCAAUCCGGAGGCGGGAAAAACACACACCUCAUUGCCGCCAGAUCUGCAGCAGCAUGCGGGAAAUGCCUCGGAGUUGUCCUUCCAACUGGUUCAGCUGAAAAAUCGUCUCAUUAAAUCGGAGGCAGAUCGUCAGAACUUGCAACAGCAACUGAGUCACACCAUUGAUCGCAAUGCGGAAUUGGGACAGGAAUUGCAGGCUCUGAGAGAUCAGCUUUCCCAAUUGAAUUCUCUUAACCACACGGAUUACAAUGAGGGUUAUGGUUUGGGGCCACUGAAGAGCCUUCAGGAUCAGGGAUUGGAUCAAUCAUCGGCCAGUUUUCUAGCUCUCCAAGAGCGAGCACGUCAUUUACUUUCAUCAUCUCCUGUUAAAGAGCAACCUUCAAGGGAUCUUGGCAAUUCCACUGUAACUUUGCUUCAGAUGAUCGAAGACUUUUGUCGCGAGGGCGAUAAAGUGGUGGAGUGUGGCAAAAAGGAUCGCGAGGAUCUGCAAUCCCAGAUCGAUACCGCUGACAAGCAGCUGAAGGAUACACGGCGAUUCCUGGAGGAUCAGGCCGCCGAACGCGAACAAGAACGCGAUGAAUUCCAGCGCGAAAUCGAACAGCUGAAGGCUCAGUUGCGCGACAAGGAGAAGGAGCACAGCUCCUAUGCCAAUGCCUCCGAGGAGUAUGCACAAUUGGAGGCGCAGUUACGAGAGGUUAAUCUUCAGCUGAAUGAAUCGAAUGCCAAGCGGGAUAAAUUCGAGGUGGAACUGAAGGCUUCGAUAGACAAGAUCUUUGUGCUGCGGGAAAUCAUCACGGAACUGGAGACUCAGGUUCAAACCAAGGCACUCAAUGAACAAGUUCUGGCCGAGAAGGCCAAACAACUGGAGGAAUAUGUGAACUUGCAGAUGAGGGACAAUGAUGCACUGCAGCAGGAGGUUCAUAGUUUAAAAACGGACAUUGGAGAGGGCUAUCAAUCCCGCAUCAGAUUGCUGGAGGAGAAACUGCAGCAGGGAAGACCAUCCGCGGAACAGGGAGUUGUUCUGAGUCAGGUGGCGGAAAAGCUGCGUGAUAUUGAAACCACACUGGACCAGAAGACCAAGGUCCUGGAAUCCCUGCACAACUCCAACACAGCCUCGAAUUCCGCCAGUUUGAGUGUCACCGAAGAUGUUUCCAUUCAUGGCAGUAAGGAUCCCACCGCGGUGGGUUCACCCUCGCAUCCCUCGCUCACCGUGGAGGGAGUUCAGCGGGUCACCGAGAAGCUGGACCGGCACACCCGCGUCGAAGAAGCAGCCAUCAAGCGGGUUCGCGAUCUGGAGAUGCAGGUUCAUCAAAUGCGCGCUGGCUGUUUGGAACUCCAACAUGAGCGGGACUCCCUGCAGGGUCGCAUGGACGAGCAGACGCAGCGGAUAUCCACGCUGCAGAGCCGCCUGGAGGAGCAGCGCCAGCGGGCGGAGCAACUGCACCGGGCUGGCACCUCCGAUCUGAAUACCCGGGUGCACGAACUCCAGGGCGAGGUGCAGAAUCUCAACGAGCUGCUGACUGCGCGGGACAAACAGAUGGCCACGAUGCGCCAGCAGCUGCAGCGCAGCAAGGAGGAGAUAAUGCGACUGGAGGCGGAGGUCACUGUGCGAACCCAACCAGAUCGCAGUCUGGUGGACAAACUGGAAGCCGAAGUGCAGCAAAAGGGAGCGGAGAUCGCCAAGCUGAAGGAGAAGAUUCGCACGGAGAUGAUCAAUCGGCUGGCAUUGCCGGAUCUCAUGGAGACGAUGCUGGCGGACAAGAACGAUGAGAUCGAUCACCUGCGCGACCAGUUGGAAGCCAAAGAGAAGGAGCUUCUGUCCGCUCAUCAGGAUGGCAGCCUGAUUUCAUCCCCGGCAGGAGUUGCAGGAGGAAAACAAGAAGGAAGUGGGGGAAAGUUGAGUGCCCGCACAUUAAGCGAUAUCGGAUCAAUUACCGAGUAUCCCGAGCCGGAUGUGGAGCGACGAGCGGCCAUGAGGAGUAUCAAUAAUCCUCUCCAGAUGAGCGAAGGAGCAGGAGGCUUCUUACACCAGACAAUGGAAACCUCCAAGGAGGCGGUGGCCAAUUUAACACACAAGCGCACCGACGACUUGAGUGGCUUUAUAGCUCCCUAUCCGAUGAACACUUUUGAGCAUCCCCACUACUUCCAGGCGAUGGGAGUAACUGCCCAGAGCACCGAUGGUCUCACACCUGGUUUGGUGCCAAGGCAGAUCAACUUCUCCAACCUGACAGCAGAGGACUCCAAGCUCAAGACACCCAGUCUGCUGAUGCAAACACCAGAAAUGCCCAGGCCAAUGACUCCACCGGAAGUUCAUCAAUUGCGAUUGAAGUUGACCAAUUUGGAGAAGGAGAAGGAAAAACAGACGAGUGAAUUGGAAAGUAAAUUGAAGGAUUUGCAAAAACAACUUGAGCAGGAAAAGGAAGAACUUAGUCGUCAGACGCAAAAUCUACAAAGUCUCGAGGAGAGUGAGAGAAAAUACAGACUACGCAUUGAAUCCCUGGAGUCCAAGAUCCUGGAGACAGCUGCCCAGGAGGCCUCCGAUCGGGAAAAUCUUCGCAAGGAACUAAUCUGCGUUAGUGCCGCCCAUCAGCAAUGUGAAGAUGCAGCCGCAGCUCGCAAACGAGAACUGGAAAUCCUCAACAGCGAAGUCAAGGUUAAAGCAGAUCAGCUGCAAGCUGCACUUCGGCGAUGCGGAGAUCUGGAACUCCAAGUUUUAACUCUGGAAAGGGAUUUGGAACGCCUGAAGAACAGCGAAAACAGUUCGAAGCAGUAUUCGGUGGAUGAAAUUGCCCAGCAAGUGGAAAAGGAAUUAAACUACUCUGCGCAACUGGACUCCAAUAUCCUCAAAGCCAUCGAAAGCGAAGAGGAGAACAAUCUGGACAAGAAGAAGCAAAAGGGAGUGCAAACGGAGGAGGAAACUCUACCGGGAACUGGCAAUGGAACCGAUGACGAGAACUUCCUUGGCGAAAGGGAGCUCCUCAAUCAAUUGGAAGCUCUGCGCGCUCAAUUAGCCGUGGAACGUGAACAAUGCGAGGCGUUGAGCAAGGAGCUUCUGGGCGAGAAACAGCACUCGCAGGAUAUCCAAGAGCAGGAUGUGGUCAUCAUAGAGGCUAUGAGAAAGCGUCUGGAAACCGCCUUGGAUGCGGAGGAUGAGCUCCACAAGCAGUUGGAUCAGGAGCGGGAACGUUGCGAGCGUCUCCAAACGCAGUUGACUUCCCUCCAACGAGCGGAAAGUAGAAGGAAUAGUUCUCUGCUUCUCAAGUCACCUGGCGACUCACCGAGGAAAUCACCGCGAGCUGAUUUCGAAUCCGAACUGGGAGAUCGUUUGAGGAGUGAAAUAAAACUCCUGGCUGCCCAGAAUGAAAGGGAACGGGAGAGAUCAGCGGAUGCCCAGCGAAGCAGCGAACGGGAACGUCAGCGGUACGAAAAGGAGCUUCAAGAGCGAGUGGCCUACUGCGAAAGGCUCAAGCAGGAGAUGGAGAAGCUGUCCCGGGAUAAGGAGUCCGCUGAAUCCGAGUUGGAGCACUUCAACGAGCGGUUGACCCUGCAGGCCAGCGAAAUCCAGAGCUUGGAGGCCAGACUAGUUACGCUCCAGGAAUCGGAGACUCGUCGCGCCAACACUCGCACCCGUCAGCACCAAGAGAACGUGAAACUCCAGGCGGAGAUCCAUGAACUGAAGUCAAAACUACUGGCUGCCGAAGCUGGCAGGGAUUGCCUGGAUCAAAAGGUGACGCAACUCCGUUUUGAUGUGAGUCGUUCCGGUCAAAGGGAAGCCAAAUUGGCCGAGGCUUUGGCCCAAGCCAACGAUCGAUUGGCCCACAGCACCGAUGACAAUGUGCCGGCGCAAUUUCUGCAGAAGAUGAAGGAGAUCAACACGCUGCUGGCGGAGAAUACCCAGGAGAACCGGCAGAUGGUCGAAACCGUGCAGUUUUUGGUGGGCGAGCGGAUUGCGUUGCAGAAGAAGUGCGAGGAAUUGGGUGGCGCUGGCAACACCAAUGUCACGGAACUGGAGGAGCGAUGCCGUCAGUUGAUUGGCCGCUAUCUGCGCGUGGAGUCCCAUCGCAAGGCACUGGUCUACCAAAAGCGGUAUCUCAAGCUCACUUUGGAGGGCUAUCAAGCCAGUGAGCAGCUGGCACUGCAGAAUCUGAGAGGUGGUGCUGCCCCGCCCAUUCAGAGAAAUAUUAAGAAGAAGUUCAAGACUGUGGCUUUGGCCAUCAUUGCCAUCCAGCGGAUUAAAUACAUUGGACGCAUCUGGCACACGGGCAAGCGGAUUGUGAGCAAAUCAGUCUUUACAAUUACCCAGCAGAGGAGUCCUGGACUUAAUUUGAAUGUGGCGCCUCCCCAAUCCCCACUGCCUGCAUCCAACUCGAAUCAACCCACCAAUAACAACAACCUCAUGGGGCGUCUCAGUUAUGCUCCUUUAUCACCGCCGAUGGUUAAAUACAGCACCGUGCAACCGAUAAUGCUGCCAUCGGAUUUUACCCUCCAAGCGCCAACAUCUUCGCUGCAGAGCACCAUCGCCAACAAUAAUAGUGAAAACAGCCUGCCUUCGCUGGCAAGAUUGGACUGGCCAACAAUGCAGAAGCCGAAAAGAGCGCAUGCGCGGCAUCAUUAGGGAAUAAAUUCAACCUCCCAUCAAAGGAAAGCUCAACGGAAGGCCAUAACUUUAAGUGAAGCCAUAUCGAAGAAGACACAUUAUAGAAUGCUAGCAUCAUGAAUGUAGAGGAAGCGAUCCAUUUUAGUGUUAAUUAACUGUACCAUUUCCCCCAAAAACUAAGUCUUAAGCUGUUGUAACCUACUUUAAGCCACAAACCACACAAAACUUAGGCAUGUAAUCGUCUGUAAGUGUUAUUUGUAUUUACCGCCCAAAUGUAGCCAUUAAGCAUAAACCUAAUCCAUGUCCCAGUAUUUUGAUUGGCUGACAAACCCCAGAGUCACUUAUAUUUAGUUUACUUUUAUUUCAGUUUGGACUGCAUAAGUUUCCUGAUAAGUUUGAUUAAACCAAAAUUGAUUUCAUAUUGAAAACCGUUUCUGUUUAUUAUUUAUUUUCACUUUACUCGAAAGUUGAUUGUACAUAUAUGGAAUGUGCCUUAUGGGUGAGGAUUCACUGGACAAUUAUGAAUUCAAUUCAUCACAUCAUUCAAAUAAAAGUUAACAUGUUAAUGAGUAAAAAUUAAUUUUGCGUACUUGAUAAGCAGAAAUAAAAUUAAAGUGAGUAUCAAGACUUU